GCAGAUGACCUGGCCUUUGCAUGGCUGGGAUCCAAAAGGCCAAAGUUCAUCAAAUCAGGAGUGAAGUAAAUAGAGCAGGAAUCACAACAGCCAGGAGAGACAUACUUAGUCAUUCGCCAGGAACAUUGUCUCAGUGAGAACCAUCGUUUGGAGCAGGGGGAGCCGUUCAUCUUGCUGGCUGCUGGCUGAGAACGUUUUUAAUCAUGACUUCUUCGGAAGCUUCCAAUGGAAUGUGGCAUCGGAAAACCAAGACUCGUCAGCAAGAGUCCAAGUCUGAUCCCGCCAAGAGUCAUGAAAAUGAGCAGGAAGACCUGGUUGAGUGGGAAAAAUACAUGAAGAAAGUAAAAGGGAAAGUUUUAGAGCAGGUCCAGGAUCAUCUCAGAGAUAUUCUUGACAAAGCUCUGACUGAGUCUAUCGAGCCUCCUGCCCACCUUAAAUCUGCACUGAAUGGGAAAACGUCAAAGAAAGAGCCAUCCAGAUCUCAAAGGAUGGAUGAUGGCAAAGUGUUUUUGGAGCGAGCAUCUCUGUUGGAUGACCUGUUUGAGAUCAGCCACAUUAGGACCAUCUACCACAUGUUUAUUGCUGUUCUCCUCAUCUUCUGUUUGAGCACGUUGGCUGUUGACUACAUUGACCAGGGCAGGUUGGUUUUGGAGUUUGACCUGCUGUUCUACGCCUUUGGGAAACUGGGGACGGUCACCUGGGCUUGGCUUGCCAUGUUUGUUUACACCCUCUUUGUUCCUUACUUCAUCCUGGAGUUUUGGGGCUCUUUGUACCACACAUUCCCCUCCAAGUUGGUGCUCACUCUGGGUGCAGGGUUGAUCUUUACAACCAUACAGACCUGCGUGCUUGGACUGUUCCCAAUCUACACGGUUGUGCAUCACCAGCUGCCUCCAGCAUCUCGAUUUAUUGUGAUUCUGGAGCAGAUUCGAUUCUUGAUGAAGACCUACUCAUUCAUUAGAGAAACGGCCCCUGUUAUCCUGAAGAAUGCACCAAAGGAAGGAAAAAAUUCCAGGUUUCCAACAUUUUCCAGCUACUUGUACUUCCUUUUCUGUCCAACACUCAUCUACAGGGAAUUUUAUCCUCGAAAUAGACAAAUACGUUGGAAAUAUGUUGCUGUUACUCUUGGCAAGAUUUUUGGAUGCCUAUUUUAUGGGUAUUUCAUCCUGGUGCGACUUUGUAUACCUGUCUUCAGACCAGCUGAGACCAAUCAGCCUUUUAGCAAAAGAACAAUGGUUCUGGCUGUAUUUCACUCCAUAUUACCAGGAAUAAUGCUCCUCCUGCUGUGUUUCUUUGCCUUUUUGCACUGCUGGCUCAACCUCUUCGGGGAGCUGCUGCGUUUUGCUGACAGGAUGUUCUACAAGGACUGGUGGAACUCUACGUCCUUUGCAAACUAUUAUCGCACCUGGAACGUAGUGGUUCACGACUGGCUGUACUACUACGGAUACAGAGACUUCCUCUGGCUGUCCAACAGGAGAUUCAGAGCAGCAGCCAUGCUGUCCGUGUUCAUCGUCUCUGCAGUUGUCCAUGAAUAUGCUUUGGCCAUGGGCUUUGGCUUCUUCUACCCUGUCAUGUUCUGUCUCUUUGCAGUUUUUGGAGUGGCUUUCAACUUUACCAUGACCGAUAAGCGACAGAGCCCCGUGUUCAACGUCAUCAUGUGGGCGUGUCUCUUCCUGGGUCAGGGUGUCCAGGUGUGUCUGUACUGCCAGGAGUGGUACGCCCAGAUACACUGCCCACCAGCAGGGGAUAGUUUGUGGGAGCUGCUGAUGCCUCGAUCCUGGUCCUGCAGCUACCAGACAUGAAGCCAUAUUUCUUCCUAAUCUGCAUUCAACAUGAAUGAAGCUGGAAACAUUUAUAAUGGACUGAAAAGAAGGAAAAGCAAGCAAGGAAGAAGAAAACUUGAAACGUGCAAAUUUAAUUUUGCACAGACAGACUUAAAGACAUUUUGUUACUUAGUCAUUUUAAGAUGUUCUUUUCAAUGAACUGUUUUCUCUGAUCACAAAGAGACAGAACAACAUUACACCAGAAAACUGGUGACCUGUUAUCAUUAAAAGUAUGUGUUGCUGUUUUGAAGUGGACCAUGCAAUUUUAUUACUUCAUGUAAUGUUAGACUGGAGACAUAAUAAUUUACAGAAGGGUAUAAGUACUGUAUUUACAGAUAGUUCUAGCUGUCUAAAGUUAUGUGUCGUAUCCAUUUAAACUUUAAUCUUUGAAAUUUACAUGUCUUGAACCUUGUAGGACAAUUUCCCUUUUAAUGGCUUAUUGUUGUUACUGUUUUUAUAUUAAAAACAUUAUUAUUUCUUUGCCUGACUUUCUGUUUCGGUUGUAUACAAAGUCAUUUCAGCUUUGAAGCAUCUUUAAACUGGCCUUGAACCUGAUGGCGCCUUUGGCCAGCAGAGCGCAUUACAACUUUAGUUCUGACAUGUUUGACAUUUCCCUGGCAGGGAUUGGUUGAUGGAGCGGCUGUGUAAACCAGCCAACCAACCACGUUCCGCGGUGUCCUAUCAGCAUGCCACAAAGCCUCUGUUUGCCUGCCUGCAGCAUCAUGCAGGAAGGAGAGGAUUAACUUUGGUACAGUGUUUGCAUUGGUGAUGUAAUGCUCUGUAAACUGAUGGGAAACAAUAAAAGAGCUCAGCGAGGUAGAAGCUGGGCAGCUUUUAGGGAAGUGUAGAAUUCAGAAGAUUCGUGCUUAUAAUUAUUAACAAAAGUGUGUGAUCACUCUGGUAGUUUGACAUUUCUUUAAAUCUCCAAGGAGAUUUUAUCUGACUCUCUAAAAAGGUUGUUGCACAUUUGGUUUCUGUCAUGGAUGCCUUUUGUCAGACAAUGAAUCACAGGCACUAUAAAGGUCACAAAAAGAAAUUUGAAUCUAAACAAAUCCUGCAGCAGGUUCUGAGUUCAUUUUCUUGGGAAUGUUUGACCACAUGGGGGCAGAGCAAAAGAGUCAUAUGAAAGAACUUAACAUGUUCAGAGUUAUUUAUUAAGUCUGUUUCAUAGGGACAGACACAAUAACAUAGACAAACUGAACAGAACUGCAGUCCCAUGCCUGUAUCAUGCUGCCUAUAGUAUUUCCAGCACUUGUCACUUAUAUUGACAAAAUACCUUUGAAACUUUAACUGUACUCUCUCUCUCUUUCUAUCAUAUAUACGUCAAUUUACUAAAUCUAAAAUAACUGAGCUGUGGAGCAAUACUUGUAUCCCAUAUGCUAAUUUUGAUGUAUUUUUCUUUAAAUUAAACACCUUCAUCUACAGGUGCGUCUCAGAAAAUUAUUAGAAAAUCUUUCAAAUGUUUUACCGAUUCAUUCCAAAAGUAAAAGUGACAUUACUCAUAGAUUGAGACAUUUCAAGUGUUCAGCAUACUAAAAAGUAUGUCCAUGUACUGUACAGAAUACUCGCUCAUCACUUCUUCAGUGCAGCAGUAGUUUUAUCUGUCUGUAGCUCUGCUAAAGUGUUCAGGAAGCCCUAGAUGCUUUAAAAGAGGAAUGUUUUUCUGUUACUUUGCAUUGUUUGCUUUGGUGUUCCAUCUACCUGCAAACCUCCAUCGGUUCUCUAAGCUUGGUCAUUAAACCAGGUGUUGGUGUUUUGGGAGUGAGAGCAGGCGUUCAGUCUACUGGAGAAUUGCUUUUCCAAAGAGCUUGUCAGCUCAAGGAUAAAAUGCUCUAAAAAAAGACUUUGGACUCCCCGAAUAAUCCUUUUGGGAUGGUAACUUCAUCAGGAGUGGUUUAACUCCAAGGAUGUGACACUGUUAAUUCAUGUCCUCAAUAAAAUUGUAUGUAAUUGCGUUGAGUUUUGAAUGCAGUUUUACAAUCCUUUAAAAAAGUGUGAUUAUCUAUGUUGCUUGUGACCUUUUGGUUAAGCAUGUUUUUCUUCCACUCAACUUUCAAUGUGUUGGAUAUCUCAAUCUGUAAAAAGCUUGCUUCUUCAUCAAUGUUCUUUCUUGGCUUACCUUCCUAAUGUAGGGUGUCAGUGACUGUUGGCAAGUUGAGCAGGGACAGUCUGCCGUCUAGAGCCAACAAGAAGCCAACAACAAACUUAAAAACAGUUGUCUUGCCAACUGUUGGCAAGACAACUGUCCUGUCAGCAGACAGGACAGUUGCACAUUACAUUUCUGUAUUUAAUUUUUAUUAAUUUUUUUAAAUCUUAAAAUUUCCUCAGAAACUGAAUAAUUGGCUUCUGAACAGCUGUAAGACAUAAUCAUCAAAAUAAACAAAUAUCAUGAAGAUGCUUACUCUGUCUGUAACAACACUAUAAAAUACACUAAGUAUGUUUCAGUCUUUAAUUGGAUUUCUGAAACUAAUCAACUUUUUGAUAUCCUAAUUUACUGAUGAACACCGAUAUAUAAAGAAAAAAAAAAGCUAAAUGUGGGAUGAAGAAAAAGUAAAAAUUUGCUGACUGUAAAAUACUAACAUUAUUGGGGUUAACUUACUUAUUUUUCCAAGUAGUAACAAUGAUUCAACAUACUAGAAUGCUUUUCUUCAUUAUUAAAAAUCCAGUAAUCCAGAAUUAAAAGACCAUUCAGUUUUCGUUUUGUUUUUCUUUCAGACAAAGUUGCUUUACAAACUUGAGUUGAGCCUGAUUUGGUUUUUAUAAUACGGAAAUUACAGAAACCACAAGAAAUGUUCUGGUUUUAUAUACUUAACAAUGGAAAAUGUUGCAAAGCAGACCAAGAGCGCCUCAUCCAACAGACUGGAUUGUUGUCCUGGCUCCAGAAUUAAAUCUGAAAUUAUUUCAGAUUGAUACGAACGUUUUCAAGCUUUUUGGAAACAAAGCGACAGACAAUUGAAACGACAAAUCGCGAUGAAAAUCCAGAUUGUUUUAUUGGUGUUUAAUCGGCUGGCAGGUUUGCCAAAGCACCAUAAGAAACAGAAGUGAGUGGCAGUACGAUGCAUUCAGGAAUAGUGGAGCAUGCCGUCAGUAAACAACUCUUAACAAAAAAACAUUUUGAGAACAUUUUACACAAAUGCACACUUUAUACAGCAGUGCUUAUAUAUUUUUUGUUCAGACUGUGCAAAAACUCUUCACAGAGGGGGCAUCAUUCACAGAGAUCAGAGACUGGAAACGAAUCGAAUGCGAGCCACACGCAGCGUGGGGGAAGGGCGGCGGGAUUCGCUGCAGCCAUAUACGGGGAUUAGAGAUGAAUACGCAGAUACUCGCUUGCUGCCAUCUGAAAACACAUCCAGACAGGCCUGUCCUGCCUCCGCUGCUGCGUUCGCGUGUAUCCGUGUUGGUGUGCAAGGGCAUCGAGAGCGUGCACGUUGGGGAGGAGAUCAGCUUUGGGUCUGGCACAAAGUGGCUCAGGAAGCAAGCAUAGCUGUGACGUUACUCCAAACUGUCUUUGAACAUCUAUAAUCAGGGGUUUUGGAAGCACGACUAACGGAAGGCAGACAGUUUCCUGCAGAGAGAAAGACUCAAAGUCCAUGCACAUAAUCUUACAUGACCACACUUUCUUUAGGAAUGACUUUCAACGGGAAGAGGACGAUAGAUUAAGUGUACAGACGCACUGAAUCUGUCCAACACAUUUUUGUGGGCUAGCAGUGGGAGCCAUAGCCAUAAAAGCUUUCUAAAGAGCUCCGGACCACAUGAGGACAAGAAUGAUGGAGAUACUUAAACCAAACAAUCAGAUCAUAUGGCUGGAAAACUGCAGCUUCCGUUAAACAACAAACACAUGAUUUAAAAAAAAAAAAGAGAGAGACAGAACAAAACACAAUUGUUAUUCUGCAACUCAGAAGCAUUAACCCCACAAACAAGAAAAAAAAAA